GUGGGUUUUGGUGGUGGUUGUUCUCAGAAGAGGAUGCUGGAAAGUAAGAGACUUGCUGAUGUCAUCUUUAAUUCACGAGCAGACACCCAGGAAAAAGAUGCUGGUGGGUCUAUAUAAGAUGCACCUAGACUCCUGCACAGCACAACUAGAAUCACGGCAAAGGUAAGAUUUGAAGUCUACCUGCCUUUCUUGCUUUGUCUUACUCAGUCUCUCUCGCUCUUUCUUUGACGAUGGCUGUCUCUCUUUCUCAUCAGUGCAGAGUUCUGUAGCUGCGGCCCAGCUGAACUAACUACUUGGAUUUUGAACCACGAUGUACCUACAGAACUGGAUGAGGUGCUCCCUGGCAUGGAUCUUUUUCUGCUGCUGCUGUCUCCCUCUCCUUCUCUUGGCCCUCCCCAUGCCUCCAAAAAGAGCAGGAGUUGCUCCUGCCAGUGACUCCUGCAGACUCAGAAAGAUCAACUUCCAGCAGGCCUACAUCAGGAAUCGCACCUACACGUUGGCCAAACUGGCUAGGCUCUCGGACCAAGACACAGACAACAGGCUAAUUGGACAGCAGCUGUACAUUAACGUCCAGGAGACUAAUCGCUGCUAUGUGAUGAAGAAGGUAGUGAAGAUCAUAGUGGAUGAAGUACUUCUCCCUGCACCUAAGAACUAUUAUCCACACAUCCAUGAGGUAGCCCAGUUCUUAGCAGCACUGACCACAGAACUAAGUGGCUGUAAAUUUUCAGGACACAGAGAACAUAUUGAAAGGAACCUGGAACAAAUGAGAGACAAAAUCAAACAGUUGGGACAGAGUGGAAAGAACAAAGCAAUCGGGGAGCUGGAUUUGCUCUUUGAUUACAUGGAAAAUGCAUGCACUGAAGCACCGAAGAGAACAGUUACUGCUAAGGGAGGAAACAAGAAGAAAAACUGAAAGAACCUCCAGGAAACCACUAUGGUGCAAAUCAUUUAUCUAUUCAGAAGACACACGCAUAGGAAUGUUAGUUAUAUAACUGUGCCAUAUACCACAGGCCAUAUUUUAAUAUGGGCAUGUUACAUAGGAUGUAUCUUGAAAAAGAAAGCUCCAUUAUGGCUCCCAUUCAACAAAGUAUAGUUAACUAAAAAGCAUAUUAAGUCCCUUUGAAGUAAAUGGAAUUUAAGCAGAUUCUUAUGUAUUUUGUUGAUUGGAGUCUAUGUGCACAAAGCACAAGUGGAUAUUUUGAAAGCUAUUCAGUGAUGCAUGCUUGCAUCUGUCCCAUUGUCUUUAACUUGAACAUUUUCCUAGGAAAUGUUGCUAUCUUUUUAUUACAUUGAUCCUUUUCUAGAAAACAAGUAUUUCUGGUGCUUUUAGCAAAAAAGUAUUGACAAUAUUUUAAUAUUUAAUGCUAAUUUAUUGAAUGGCAAUAAUUAUAGAGUGCAU